CAAGACUGUACAUAUAUAAUUGAUUAUUAUAAUAAUAAUACAUAGAAAAAAAAGGUUUUGUAUUAAAGCAAUCAAUGCGCGUACAAAAUGGAUGCCAGUGUUUACGUUAUUUUAUGUUGUCUUGUGCUUGGUGGAGAUGCGUCUGGCUCGUGUGGGGCAUUGACAAUUAUGAAGCCUACAUUUGUGAAUAGAAACGUCACUUUAAAAUUCAUCCCUCGCAACCAACGGAUCACAAACAUUGUCUGGAAGUAUACUCCGGGGUGGAAUGAAACAAAUAAACACGCAGUAGAAGGGCUGAAGGGACGUUUUCCACAAGCUGUUCAAGAUGGGUCACACUAUCAUACUAUGUUGUUCUUUGCGGAUAAAUCUUACAAUAAUUCAAAAUUUCAUGUUCAAUGUAGAGAAAAAAAAGAUGUCACAAGAUCAAACACAGUAAAGAUACACUUACAUGAAAUCAUGAACAAAUGUGGCAAUCUGAUGCUCAUAUCCCCGCAAAUAAAAUAUGGCUAA